AUGGAUGAGCCAUGCUUCGCAAAGAUCUGCUUCUGCCAUGAGUGGAGGAACCUACUGUAUCUUAGAGAUAAAAAGGAGAACAGGACCUUAUUUUUUCCAUACAGAAAAGGCAACUACCAGCAGGAAGCUAACGAGAGCCGCAUCUAUGUCAAGUCAAUGAAUGGACAAAACCUUGCAGAAGUCACAGGACCUGACUUUUCCCUGAAUAAAGUCCACUCUUACAAUGGAAUGGACAAGUAG